CCAUUUCGUUUUUUUCUUUUUCUGGUGAGGAGAGAGAAGGACAACGGUGAUUACGACAAGAAGGUGAUGUAUAUGCGAGCGACGGGCAGAGAGUUUUAAGAAGGAAUACAUACUAGGUAGUCCGUCACACAAUCCAUCCUGCAGCACAACUACUCCCGUGGGCAUCACGACACACAUCCGUCCAAGUCUUUGGCGCAGCUCAGCAGCAAACGCGACUUUUAGUUGCCUAAAGAUACGGAACGGACGUCCCCAAGACCGAAUGGUCUCUCCUCCUGAGCAUUCCCUGCGUCUUGAUCGGCUUGCCCUUCAUGUGGCUCUUCUUGCUCGACUUGGGUGCCAAAUGGGCCGACACAGUCUCCAACAGCAUCCAGCGAUUCCGCAUGAAUUUGGGACGACGCUAUCCGGACGUGGUUUCCUUGCAGAGUGACGCCGGAACGCUACUACACCUGCCGCCACCGCCAAGGCAUCUGCAUCAAAAUGGGAUUGAACGAUACAACGAACUCGCUCCAGUCAUCCGGCCCUAUCAGAAUGGCAACGGAGGUCGGAUGCUGCCAAACGGGGAUGCUCAAGACUCGUUGCGGUACUAUUCUCAGGGCUCAGGGGACAAUUCGCCUACAACACGCUCAGUAUGGACAGUGGAGCCGGUAGCCGUAGCCAUGAUUCCAGAACCUACGGCCCAUGCAGCCAAACUCACAACUCUUCCUCCCGAAGACGUGUACCAUCACGCCGCACCUUGGGUGGCAACCGUUUUCAUUGUCCUCUAUCCAUUCCUGGGCAGUUUGAUAUUUGGUUUCUGGGGUAAUUUGCCCUUCACCACUAGUUUUGUUCUUCCUCUCACGUCCUUGAUUCUCAUCAGCCCUCCACUUGUCUUCACCAGUUUCUUGUGGAGGACUUUGUUUCACGUGUACCUUCUCGUCGGCUGGGUUCUCCUCAUUGCCAGUUUCCUUCUUUGGCAUCAAUCGUGGCGAGAGUUACUCCGCAAUUGGGCUCACGAUCUCAGCAUCAAACACUACCCCAAAACGUAUCCUCUUCAAUUAAGGUAACUCCGCCACAUCCAAGAACCUACCUGUUAAUGUACAACACCACUUCAUCAUGAUUAACAAUUGUUAGAGUCAAAAUCUAGAAGUCAUUUUUUAACAUCAAUGUUGAAUUCGAUAAAGUCGUUCAUUUCUUUGUUUCACUUUCAACGUGUUGUUGUUGUAACUGUUUGCUGUUGUAGCCGUGAUUUGGUGAGG